AAUCACAUUCUGGUGGGUUAUUGGUAGUUAAGCCUGUGAUACUUGAACGUGGUUACUUCUCUUAUAUACCUUGUGCCUCAUAUUACUUGAUUUUGACAAUGCAACUUAUGGAUCGUUCGAAAGUCUGACACUGCUUGAAAAAACAUCCUCUUUUCAGAUCAUCAUGCUUGGCAGAUGAAGAAGUGAGCAGAGAACAGCUCAAAGAUCUGCUGCCACCCCCUGAUCUAGGUAUAUAUUGUUUGGAACAAAAAAUGCGUAUUUUUCUACAUAUGCAAGGUGCACCGCUCAUAUAGACACAGGAAGUUGAACGAACUUAUCCUUUUUUCUUCGAUUAGUUGUUAUAACUACAAGAGUCUAUUUUUCUGUUCGACUCGCUUCCUGGUACAAUUUUUCUAAUCCUUUUGGUACAUAAUAUCAACAUAGUCAAGUUUUCAAUACACUCUUUCAAACCGUUUUGAUUUGGAAUUUCCUUCUCUCAAUUGCCCGCGUUUGGAAUACCGAGCAGCUGCUUUCAAAAAAAUGAAGACUGGUAAAUCAGAAACCACGGGUAACAACAAGGAAGAAGCUUCAGAAGAAGGGCUCGACACGCUCGCAAAUUUGGCCAUUCUAGGAGGAGAAGGCGGCGGCGGAGAGGCUUCUUCUUCUCAGGCUGCAACGACAAAGCAUCCUCGACACAGACCUGGGUGCACGUGUAUCGUGUGCAUUCAGCCGCCAAGCGGCAAGGGGCCCAAGCACAAGCAGUCGUGCAUGUGUACUGUCUGCCAGACAGUGAAGCGCCGAUUCAGAACCCUGAUGAUGAACCGGUGGGAGAAGAGGCAGCAAAGGGAGGAGAAAAGAGUGGCAGCUGAAGCCAUUGCGCGGAAGAUGCAGCCGCAGCAGCAGCAGCGGUCGCCAAUAAAGGAUGAUGAUGUUGAUAAUAAUGAGGAUGGUUCUCCAGCUUCAGGUCAGACCACAAAACCAAAUCCCACCACCACCGGGUCCCCUUUCAAAGGUCAAAUAAUAGACUUGAACAUCCAGCCGGAGCGGGAGGAAGAGUUUUCAGUGCCCUACACAGUGAAGCAGCAGCAGCAGAAGGCGGCGUCAUUGUCUGCCUCUGCGAACACUGACGGUCAUCGACAGCAGCAGCCCGAGCGAGAGGUAACAUUGCCACCUCCUGAUGAUGAUCCUGUAUCCAGAAGCGACCGCGUGGCAACUGGUCACACACCAUUGGUAAAUGAAGUAAGAAGUGCAGCAGACAGAACUUCUGAUGACGGUAGCUCCUUCGGCAACAGCAUCUGGCUAGCAAAACGAACAGAAGCUCCUCCUACUGCUUCUUCUUCUGCCCCAGCUACUACCGGAUAGCCCUUCGACUGGUGGCGCCAUCCGCCAACAGCAGCCUGGAAUGGAAGUCUUGUAAUAAUUUCAUGAUUGCUCCGCUCGGCCAACAUAUCCGGUAUAGCAGCAUUCUUCUUCCAAUGUCUGUACAUAAAGGGGCUGGGGAUCGGGAGAAUGGUGAAGAAGGAAGGAAAGCCGCGCGACGGUCUUAUCGUGAUUGUUUGCCAACAAUUUCUGCUGUUUAGAGAGUCUAGGAUUUGAUUUUACUUGAAUUUUUUCUUGCUGGGUAGUGAGGUUGAAGCUACGUAAGUAGGGGUUUGACUGUUGUUAGGAAGCGGCUCACCUCCACCUUCCAUUGAGGAGGAUGUAAAUUGUACAAGUCAGUGGACGUUGUAUCCUUCAGCUUUGGUUGCCUGCAUGCGGUCCAUCGCUAAAUGCAUCAUCGGGCCGAGCAAGAAAGCAGCGUCAAGGAAGUUAGAUUCUCCUGUUGCUACGAUCGCCAUUGUCCGAGCUUGAAAACUGCAUUCGGAUCUGGACAGGGUCAUCUUAAAUGGAAGAAGACUAGAAGAGUGGUGGCGGAUUGUCUUGUUAACUGAUCUCUGUUCAGCUACGAAGGGCAACUCAUAAAGCUCAUGUACCAGAAGGGAAGGUCUAAAGGGGAAGGGUCGUUUGGAUGUGGAAAUGUAAUGCAGUAAUUGGAUCCAAUUACCACAUAACGCAGUAAUUGGGUUAAAAAUUCAUGUUUGGGAGAGCAAAAAUGGUAUGGAAAUUGGCUUCAAUUACCACAUUCAUGGUAAUUAAGAAUACUACACCUCCCCCUAGUAAUUUGACAUUACCACAUUUUUUUACUUCUUUUUCCAAAUUCCACACCAUCAAUUCCCACAAAACUAAACCCUAUCCAAACAUGAAUUUUUUUUCAAUUUCCACAAGUCAAUUCCUUGGUUUUGUACAACAUGGAAAUUCAGACAAAUUUCAAACGUUUUAAAAUUUCCACAUCCAAACGACUCUGAAUAUUUUUGUUAAAAGGAAGGCCCCCUCCUUUCGCUUCACUAUUCCAAGCCCACCAGGUUUCUUCACAUUGCAACUUGUGUGAUGCCCACCCACUCAUCACAAUAUGGAUAUGACAAGAUACGUACUCCCCUUUGCAAAAUUUAACUUUUCUUCAAUUAUCAUUAUUUACUAGUUUUCUAGUGUCAUGUGAAUCUUCAAACUUGGAAAAUGCAUUAGAGUAUCAAUACUCUAGACUUGACAUAUGGAAUGACUAUGAGAUAUAAAUAGAAGUACCUUGAGUUUGAAAAUUCAGAAAACAUCCCUGAUAGAACUAUGGUUUACCUUGUAGUGGUUGAAAAGUUUCAAUAUAGUUGUCAUCUGGUUAGAGUUAUGUGGAUAAUCUCAAACCACCAAAUAUUGUAUAAAGACAAAAAAAAAUGUUGAGAUAUUGGAGAAAAUUAAAUGUGAUAUAUUUACUCCAUUAAGAACAGUUAGUCUAAAAUAGUGUUAUGCAUUCUUCAAUUCAAUAAUUUCGCUUCUUUCAGUCCGUUCGUAAUAAAAGUAGGGGCGUCCAUUUGUUUUCAGUUGGGAUUUUUUGGAUCAACCCGAAAUUAAAUGGGUGAGAAUGUUAACUAUUUUGAUUUGAUGCCAAACCAUUUUGCAAUGCAACAAUGGCGAUUUUGGAUCAAACCAUAAAAUCGGAAAAAAUCAAAAUCAUAUCGUGACCUUUUGAAGUUGGGAAGGAUAUUAACAAACUAAGACUAGGCUUUCUGGAAUUUCAUUUUUCUCUUACAUUUUCUUCUGGUUUUCCGUUUAGAUUAUUUUUACUCUCAUUACUACGUUUUAUUAUUUUUCAUAUCUUAUAGUUUCUUUUUUACCCUCCCAUAAGUGGUAAUUCUAAGUCAAAGGAGAAAUUAAAAAUUCAGUUUGAC